AUGAGAGAAAUCAUCAGUCUUCACGUCGGUCAGGCCGGUAUCCAAAUCGGUAACAGCUGCUGGGAGCUUUACUGUAUGGAACAUGGUAUCAACCCUGAUGGCCGUAUCCCCACUGAUCAAGAAGUCAACGACCACUCCUUUGCUACCUUCUUCAGCGAGACCAGCUCUGGCAAGCAUGUUCCCCGUACUGUCUUUGUGGAUUUGGAACCUACUGUGGUUGAUGAAGUUCGCACUGGUACCUACCGUCAACUCUUCCACCCGGAGCAAUUGAUUACUGGCAAGGAGGAUGCUGCUAACAACUACGCUCGUGGUCAUUACACUGUUGGCAAGGAACUCGUCGACUCUGUGUUGGAUCGUGUUCGCAAGUUGGCUGAUAACUGCAGCGGUUUGCAAGGUUUCCUUGUCUUCCACUCCUUUGGCGGUGGCACUGGUUCCGGUUUUGGUGCCUUGUUGAUGGAACGUUUGUCUGUGGAUUAUGGCAAGAAGUCCAAGCUUGAAUUCUCUGUCUAUCCUGCUCCUCAAGUCUCCACUGCUGUUGUUGAGCCCUACAACUCCAUCCUCACCACCCACACUACUUUGGAGCACUCUGAUUGUGCCUUCAUGGUUGACAAUGAAGCUAUCUAUGACAUUUGCCGUCGUAACCUCGACAUUGAACGUCCCACUUACGCCAACCUCAACCGUUUGAUUGCUCAAGUCGUCUCUUCUAUCACCGCUUCAUUGCGUUUCGAUGGUUCCCUUAAUGUCGAUUUGAACGAGUUCCAAACCAACUUGGUGCCUUAUCCUCGUAUCCAUUUCCCUCUCGUCACCUAUGCUCCUAUCAUCUCCGCUGCUAAGGCUUACCAUGAACAACUCUCCGUUCCUGAAAUCACCUAUGCUUGCUUUGAACCUAACAACCAAAUGGUCAAGUGUGAUCCUCGCCAUGGCAAGUACAUGGCUUGCUGCUUGCUUUACCGUGGUGAUGUCGUUCCCAAGGAUACCAAUGCCGCCAUUGCUUCCAUCAAGACCAAGCGUACUAUCCAAUUCGUCGAUUGGUGCCCUACUGGUUUCAAGGUCGGUAUCAACCACCAACCCCCUACCGUUGUCCCUGGUGGCGAUCUUGCAAAGGUUCAACGUGCUGUGUGCAUGCUCAGCAACACCACCGCCAUUGCCGAAGCUUGGGCUCGUCUCGAUCACAAGUUCGACUUGAUGUAUGCCAAGCGUGCCUUUGUCCACUGGUAUGUUGGUGAAGGUAUGGAAGAAGGUGAAUUCUCUGAAGCUCGUGAGGAUUUGGCUGCCCUUGAGAAGGAUUACGAGGAAGUUGGCUCUGACUCUCUUGGUGAUUCCGAGAUCGAGGAGGAAGAAGUCGAGUACUAA